AUGGCUCCAUCUCGAAAAGUCAUCCCGCUCGACAAGGGCUGGGAGUUUAGGCAGGCGGACAAAAAGGAUGCCGAGUUCCUGCCCGUCGCCCAGUUCCCGACCAACGUCCACCUCGAUCUGCUAGCCCAUGGCCUGAUUCCCGACCCGUUUGUGGGUAAGAACGAGACGGACGUGCUGUGGAUCGGCGAGGCCCAAUGGACCUACCGAACCACCUUCUCUACCCCGGCCCCGCCGUCGGGUAGCGACGGGGGUGCCCGCGCCGUGCUGGCGUUUGACGGCCUCGACACCUUCGCCACGGUCCUGCUCAACGGCGCCAAGAUCCUCGAGACGGACAACAUGUUCGUGCCCGAGCGGGUCGACGUGACGGGCGCGCUCCGGGAGGGCGGCGGCGACAACGAGCUGGUCAUCCACUUCGACAGCGCCUACCUCAGGGGCUGGAAGCUGGUCGAGAAGUACCCCGACCACAAGUGGGGCUGCUGGAACGGCGGCAACUCGCGCCUGGCCGUGAGGAAGGCCCAGUACCACUGGGGCUGGGACUGGGGCCCGGCCCUGCUCACCUGCGGGCCCUGGCGGCCCAUCGCGCUCGAGUUGUACGCCGGCCGUGUGGCGGAUCUGCACGUCGACGUUGACGUGCCCGAGAGCCUCGACUCGGCCACGGCCGUCGCGCACGCAGUCGUCGAGGGAGCGGGAGAUAAGGUCCGGUUCGAAAUCUCGCUGCGCGGGUCUGUCGUCGCCGCCGAGACUGUUCAAGCCGUGCCCGUGGACUCCAAGGCUGUGUCCGGGGCGGCCUCGGCCACUUUCCACAUCCAGAAGCCCGCGCUCUGGUACCCCAUACGCUACGGCGAGCAGCCGCUGUACACGGUUAAAGCAAUACUUUUGGUGAGUGACGACGAAACCUCGGCAGCAGCCGAAAUCGACACAGCCUCGAAACGCAUCGGGCUUCGCCGGGCCGAGUUGGUGCAGCAGUCGCUCACGGACCAGCCGGGCACGUCGUUUUUCUUCCGUGUCAACAACGUGCCGGUCUUCUGUGGUGGCUCCAACUGGAUCCCCGCCGAUAGCUUCAUCCCGCGAGUCUCGACCAACCGCUACCGUGACUGGGUGAAACUGGUGGCCGAUGGCAACCAGUUCAUGAUUCGGGUCUGGGGCGGGGGCAUCUACGAGGAGCAGGCCCUGUACGACGCCUGCGACGAGCUCGGCGUGCUGGUCUGGCAGGACUUCCUGUUUGGCUGCGGCAACUACCCGACGUGGCCAGAGCUGCUGGACUCUAUCAGGCGUGAGGCCAACGAGAACGUCAAGCUGCUACGGCACCACCCCAGUAUCGUCAUCUGGGCGGGCAACAACGAGGACUACUCCUAUGCCGAGUCGGUAAAGCUCACAUACAAUUACGCGGACAAGGACCCGGAGAACUGGCUCAAGACGGACUUCCCGGCUCGAUACAUCUACGAGAAGCUGCUGCCCGACGUGUGCGCGGACCUGGUUCCAAGGACGUACUACCACCCAGGCUCGCCGUGGGGCGGUGGCGUCGAAUCGAGCGACCCAACUGUGGGCGACCUCCACCAGUGGAACGUAUGGCACGGCAAGCAGGAGAAGUACCAAAACUAUGACAAGCUCGUGGGACGGUUCGUGUCUGAGUUCGGCAUGGAGGCCUUUCCAUCGGUGCGCACCAUCGACCAAUACCUGCCUCUAGGCAAGCUCGACCCGGACCGGUACCCGCAGUCGAGCAUGAUAGACUUCCACAACAAGGCCGACGGCCAUGAGCGGCGCAUCGCACUAUACCUAGUCGAGAACAUGCGGUACGGGCCGGACCCGCUCGAGCACUUUGUGUACUCGACACAGCUGAUGCAAGCCGAGUGUCUCAGCUCGGCAUAUCGGCUGUGGAAGCGACAGUGGAAGGGCCCCGGGCGGGAGUACUGCAGCGGGGCGCUGGUGUGGCAGAUCAAUGACUGUUGGCCGGUCACGUCGUGGGCCAUCGCCGACUACUACCUGCGGCCCAAAAUGGCCUACUUUGCCGUCAAGCGCGAGAUGGCCCCGCUGACGGUCGGCAUCACGAGGCGCGAGGACAAGACGGCGCGGGACGAGCACACGCGCGUGGUCAUCAAGGUCGAGGCGUGGGCCUGCAGCUUGAAACUGGAAGAAGUCACGGUCGACGUGCUGCUCCGGGCGUGGAACGUGGAGACGGGUGAGCAGACUUACGAGGAAAAGGUUGCCGAGGGCCUGGUUCUGCAGGGCAAUAGGUCAACCGAGCUCCUUUCACGCGAGGUGCCGUUGAAGAGCAAGGACGGAUCCAGCACGGACAACAACGACAAUCUGGAAGAGGCAGGUCGCACAGUGGUGGCCGUCUACCUGGUGGACGCGGCGACGGGGGAGCAGCUAGCGCGGUACGUCAACUGGCCUGAGCCGCUCAAGUACCUUCACCUGCAGAAGCCCAAGGAGCUGGCGGCACGGCUGGUGAGCGGAGGAACUGCAGUGGAAAUUAGCGCUGAGGUGCCAGUCAAGGGGGUGGCACUCGAGAGUGAGGACGACGGGGUCAAGUUUGAGGACAACCUGAUCGAUAUUGUGCCGGGCGAAGUUGUCAAGGUCGGAGUCAGGGGGGCAGACGAGGGGACGGUGGUGACGACGCGGUAUCUUGGUAUGCUGGACUAG